ACUUCUGUAACCCUAGAUACAGCAAACAACAACACCAUCAGCAGCUCAGUCAGCAGUAGCAGUGUCUGUACCAGUACUGUUUCUACUGCUAACAGUAACAUAAUUAAAUCUGCUGUUGUAAAGGCAAAGAAAACUAAAUCAAGUACUGUGCCGAAAAGACAGAGGAGUUCACCUAUAGAAAAAAAGGGGGUGGCAACAAACUUGAGAAAGUCAGCCAGUAUGCAAGAAGUAUUUAAUAAAACAUCAUUGCCAGCAGUUAGAAAGAGUAUUUCAGCUGUAGAGGGAUUAAAUAUGUCAAUACAAGGCAGUAACUUCAGUUCAAGUACUCCUACACAGUCAAGAAGUCUUGUAACGUACCAGCCUGUUCCAGAAGGGAGGAUGUUUCGCUCAUUUGCCGAUCAAAAGAAGAAAGUAUUCAAGGCCAAACAUUUUCCAUUCACUGCUUUACAAAUUGGUUCUUACGAGUAUUCAUGUGGUCCGAAUUGCAAUGACAAGGUAGCCAGAGUGAAGAUUCUCUUCAGUAAAAAGCUGAUGGUGUAUGAGUUUCAGUUGGAGAGUCCAGAUGGAUCUCAGGGUGUUUAUAAAGAGAUGGUAGAGAUUUCUGUCCCAUUUUGGAGCAUCAUCAGUUUAUGGUUGUAUGACAAAGAUAUGAGAGUAGAGGUGAAAGAUGCCCCAAAGAUUUUUCUUGGGAAAAAAGGACCAGAGAAGAACAUGGGGCACAAAUGUAACAAUGCUGUAGUUUACAACAGAAAGUUGAGGAUGGAUAUUACAGAUGGACAAUUGUCAAGUUCACCAUAUCACUACAUCCAGUUCAAGAACAAAUAUGCAGAUCGUAUCAAGGCAGAACUCAGAGAGUUUGAUAGUAGGUUCGGAAUGAUGCUUCGUCUGCCGUUGAUCGAAGACAUGGGUAAAUCUCUAAACUCAGGAAAUAAACAGCCUUCAAGUCACUUGCUUGAUCCCAGUAUAUGUUUGCCUACUGAGGAUAUAAAUAAUAAUACUCCAGGUCCAGUCUAUCAAAGAGAAGAGAAUCAGGAAGUAUCUGUGAUUGUGAGUUGUUCUUGUACCGGAGGUUGUUCAGCAGAGACAUGUCAGUGUUGUGUGAAGGGAACUACAUGUACAGAGGGAAUGUGUGACUGUGUCAACUGUAGGAACCCUCUGAAUAUUCUACAUCAGCUUGGACUUCCGGCUGAGAGAGCAAGGACAGAUCCAUGUCUUAUGGAAAAUAUUUAUCAGAUAAAGAGGUUGGACUGCUAUGUAAAGACACAGUUGAUACUGGAGUGUUGUCACACACCUGUGUUAUUGUUUAGCUGUAUACCCGGGGAGAUCAGGUGUGUCAAUCCUGAAUGUAUGGCAAGGUACAAGUACUCAUGGUGUACAGCACGGCUAUUGAAUGAGGACAGUUCACCAAGAAAUCAUUGUAUCAAAUGUGGAAAAUGCACAGACUUCAGGAAUGAGCACUGCCAGAGAUGCAACAUAUGUUAUUUUGCUGGGGAGAGUCACACAUUGAAAUGUCCUUUAUGUCAGAGUAAAAGUAAGGAAGCCCUGGACUCUUCUACAGACUCUGACAUUUAACAUCAGAUAGAGGCUUGAAAUCCGAUACUUUGAAGGCUUUAUGACAAAUAUAUGAAUGGUUCGACAUCAGGUGCUUGAAAUCAAAUACAAAAGAGCCUUGACAGGCUUGUUAUCUGGGAAGAGACUCAAAAUAAAACAUGUACAUCAAAGGCUUGACUUCAGAUGCUUGAAAUUGUACACAUUGGAAUCAUGAAAUGGAUAACCAGAGAUAUGAACUCACAUGCAAAAUGCAGUUUUACAUGGAAUAUAUCUAGGUUUUAACAUCAGGUUCAUUAGAGGCUUGAUUCCAGUUGGUCAAAGGCUGUGAAAUCAUAUGUAUGCAGGGAAAUUGUGAGAUUAAAUACACCAGAGAAGUUGGUCAUCAGAUAUUUAUGUCUCCCACCACACAGUGGUGUGGGAGACCGAUUCACUGUCUGUGUGUGUGUGUGUCUGUCUGUGUGUCUGUUGCAAAUCUUGUCCGCACUUUAAGUUGAACAUUUUUCAUCCGAUCUUCACCAAACUUGAACAAAAUGUGUUUGCCAAUAAAUCCUCGGCCAAGUUCGAUAACUAGCCAAAUCGGCCCAGGCAUUUCGGAAUUAUAGCCCUUGAAACUUGUUUUUUGAUAAUCAAAGCACUGAAAGUCUGAUAAAGCAGUUGAGGUCUUGGUGCAUGGUUGACACAGAUAAUUAGACAGUUGUGGGAGAUAUGUGCUUUUCUCAAAAGCAGCUCUAGUUUUUAAGUGUGUUAUCGAAAGCAUUAAGUUCUUACAUCUAUUUAUUAUAUAAUUAACAUCAAACAUAUUGCAUACUUAACAUGUAAGACAAUAGAGAUUGGCUAGAUAACGAUAUAAAAUGAACAUCAAAUAUACCUAUUGUUUAACAUUAAAUACACCAGAGCAUUACAGUAAUCUAGAUCAAGUGCAACACAGGCUUGAUGUAAAUAAAUACAUUCCAGGCAGAGCAGCAAAAACAAUCAAAUAGUUUGACACAUUAUCUCAAAAUUGUUGAGGACAUCAAAUGUAUUUAAGCUUGUUAUCAAGUAAUUUUUUGUUUGGGAUCGUCAUCUUCAAAUACUUCGAAAGCUUCAUAUUAAAUGCAUUGGAUACUUUCAUUAAAUAAGUUGAAGGCUUGGCAUCAGGUACAUUUAAUUCUUAUCAAAUAACUGGUAUCCUGCAUUACACACUGAAUAUGUUUUUGUGUAUAGAUGUUAAGUUAAUUAAAGGCAUUUUAUUAGAUAUUUAGAGGUUUAUGUAUAAACAAAAACUCAGGGACUCUAUCAGGUACAUGAUUGGCUGGACAUCAGGUACAUCAGACAUUUGUAAGUCUGGUUCAGCCAAGGUUGAAAUAUUUUGAUCGAAAAAUGUCAUUAGUUUUCUAGUCUGUCAGUAAGUGUAAAUACUUUUAUAUUUAUUUGAAGAUAAAACCUCUUUUGCAUUGUUCAUAAUUUAUUUGAUUGUGUAAGGAUAUAGUUAAUAUUGAGGUCAGCAGCAGAACCCUUGUGUUAAUUGUGCCCCUUAUAAAUGGGAGAUUUAUAAUUGCCAACGUAAUAAUUUUGAGAUGCACCAUGGGAAAACCAACAGAGUGCAUUUGCGACCGGCAUGGAUCCAGACCAGCCUGCACAUCCAUGCAGUCUGGUCAGGAUCCAUGCUGUUCGCUAACGGUUUCUCAAAUUGCAAUAGGCUUUGAAAGCGAAUAGCAUGGAUCCUGACCAGACUGCAUGGAUGUGCAGGCUGGUCUGGAUCCAUGCUGGUCACAAAUGCACUCUGUUGGUUUUCUCAUGGUGUGGCUGAUAUAUACAUUGUGUGCAUCAGUCUUUAUACAGGAAAAUCAGGUCAUACAGCAGUAGUGAUAUCACAAUUGUGUUUUAGUUUACCAAACAAAAGAUGAUAUUAUUUUGAAGUGUACAAAAUUUUGCCCCUUUUUACAUCAAAAUUUUGUGGCAGUUUUGCAUGUAAGCAAGUUUCUCAGGAAUUACUUGACCAAAUGUUUUAAGAUUCUUCACAUAUUUUUUGCAUCAUUGGAUGACUUCACAUGGCAAGUUUUAAGCAAAACUUUGCCCUGUUUUCAGCUACGAUAAUUUAACUAAAGCUUUUUAGCUCACCAGAGGGUGAGCUAUUGUGAUUGCUCACCGUCCGGUAUCUGUCCAUCGUCUGGCCACACUUUUCUUUAAACAACAUCUACUAAACUAGGCCAAUUUUGUUGAAACUUAACAGGGAUGUCCCUUGAAUGGUCUUCUUCAAAAAAAAAUUCAAAGAAUUGAAUUCCAUACAGAACUCUGGUUGCCAUGGCAACCGAAAUGAAAAACUUCAAAAAUCUUGUUGUCCAAAACCACAGGUCAUAGGGCUUUUAUAUUUGGUAUGUAGCAUCAUCUAGUUGUUCUCUACCAAGAUUGUUCAAAUUAUCCUCCUAGGAUGAAAUAUGGCCCGGCCCUGGGGGUCACAUGGUUUACAUAGACUUAUAUAGGGAAAACUUUGAAAAUCUUCUUGUCCAAAACCACAGUACCUAGGGCUUUGAUAUUUGAUGUGUAGCAUCAUCUAGUGGUCCUCUACCAAGAUUGUUCAGAUAAUCCCCCUAGAUUCAAACAUGGCCCAGCCCCAGGGGUCAUAUGGUUUAUAAAGACUUACAUAGGGAAAAUCUUUGAAAAUCUUCUUGCCCAAAACCACAGGGCCUAGGGCUUUGAUAUUUAGUAUGUAGCAUCAUCUAAUGGUCCUCUACCAACUUUGUUCAAAUUAUCUACCUGGGGUCAAAUGUGGCCUCGCCCUGGGGUGCACAUGGUUUAAAUAGACUUGUACUGAGAAAACCCUUUAAAAACAUUCUUGUCUUAAACCAUAAGGCCCAGAGCUUAGAUAUUUAGUAUGUUUUAUGCUCUAGUGGUUCUCUACCAAGAUUGUUCAAAUCAUGACCCUGGGGUCAGUAUAGGCCAUGCCGGGGUAGUCCCUAGAAAUAGACUUACUUGUUUUUGAAGCAGUGACAAAGAAAUUUGGACCACAAGCAUAAUGUUUGAUACAGAUUUCAAUAUUCAUCUUGAAUUGUCUUAGUCAUGACCUACUGACCUACUUUCUUGUUUUUGAAGGUACAGCAUAGAAAUUUGGCCCAUGUUUAUAACUUUUGAUACUGAUUUUAAUACUCAUCUUUAAUAUUCUGAACCCUGAACUACUGACCUACUUUUUUGUUUAUGAAGCUACAGCAGAGAAAUUUCGAUCACCAGUUUAAUUUUUUAGUAAUUAUUUUGAAUAAUCAUUAAUCUUUACCAUGACCUAAGCAAAGAAAUUUGUUUAAGCAAGCAACUAAACUCAGGUGAGCAAUAUAGGGCCAUCAUGGCCCUCUUGUAUAUGUAAGCUGGUAUUAGGUGGAAGGGCUUCAAAUAGUCGAGCACGCUGUCAUUAGACAGCUCGUUAUUUAUUUACAGAACUAACUGUAUCUGUUCAGGUAAAAGGUUUCUGGUGAUUCGAUGUGUUAUAAUUAUGUAUAUUUUGAUACCAGAUGUGUUCAGAUCUUUUUUGUUUGUUUUAUGAAGUUUUUGUUAAAAUGUCACAGAAGUACUGUGGUCUCAAGUUUUGUGUAGAUUUAUAUGUCAGAUAACUGUAGUACAUAUAUUACAGAAUACCCACAUGUACAUAUUGCAUUUAUAGAGUAAAGUUACAUGUACAGAAAAGGUACAGUUUAGCUUUAUAAGCCGCGCCAUGGGAAAACCAACAUAGUGGCUUUGCGACCAGCUUGGAUCCAGACCAGCCUGCGCAUCCACGCAGACUGGUCAGGAUCCAUGCUGUUUGCUUUCAAAGCCUAUUGCAAUUAGAGAAACUGUUAGCAACAGUAUGGAUCCUUACCAGACUGUGCAGAUGCGCAGGCUGGUCUGGAUCCAUGCUGGUCGCAAACACACUAAGUUGGUUUUCUCAUGGUGCGGCUCAUAUAAGCUCUGUUUGUACACAACAAAUUCUGUAUAAUUGUAUUUAUCGUAUGUACAAAGAUGGUUGGAGACAGAGGGGUUUUGUGGAAAUGUUUGCACAGAGUGUUUUAACACAGCUGUUUAUAUGUACCUUAUUUGUCUGCCAAUGUAAUAAUGUUGAAAUGGUGAUCUAGUCAGGGUAUUGAAACUGGAUUGUAACAUUUGUCAGCUAGACAUUGUUGGGUCUUGGUAGUCAUUUGGUUCAGGUUACUGACUUCAAACCAGUAGCCCGUCAUUGAUAAGAGUUAGAAACCUUGCUGAGGGUGUAGAAUUCUUAACGUAAGGAAGCCAUCUGGCACGCUUACUGAAGGUUGGUUGUUCUACCCAGGUGUUGGCUAUGCCACAAAUAACACCUGACGAGGCACCUGGGUUCUUAACAUCAUGUACAGCUGGAAAUGUCUCCAUAUGACCUUAAUUUUGAUGGUGUGAUUUUAAAUCCAACACAAAGGAAAACAAGAAAAGUUGUCUUUAGAAAGAUAAGUUUGGUUGUAACUGGUAUUUUCGGCUGUUUGUAGCUUUAGUAUAGUUCAAAUCUUUUGUUGAUUUAUAUUGGAUUCCUUAGUUUUUUUAUGUUCGAGGCAGAGAAUCUCCUUUUCUGGCCAUUAGAUUUAGCAGUUUUUCUAUUAUUUUUGUUUUCUUAUUAGAGGAAUAUAGU